UUGUCAUUGUCGAUCGUAUACAUAAGUACGUGCCUAAGAGAUUGCUAUUGAAACGAUAUAAUUUUAGUCUUUCCUCACAUAAUUCGUCGGUCGUUAAAAGAAACCAGAAAAAAAAAACCAAUAUCAGCGAAGAAUUAAAAAUAAAUACAUGUGAGACAUAACUAAAAAUAAAAUAAAAAAAAUUAAAAAUAAAAUAUAAAGAAUAAUUAACGUUAAUUGUUUACAACACUUAAUAGUUGACGGAAAUUUCUUUUAGCGAAAGAAAGUGAAAUCAAAUUUGCUUUAAACGAAGGAACAUUUGUUUCUUUUGCUUUACAACAAUAACAAACAAAUACACCAAGAUACCUUCCGCCAUCUAAGGCCGCAGAGAAGGUUUAUACGCCAAUGAAAAGAAAAAUUGUGUUACAAAUGUAGCCACUUUAGAUUUAAUUAACACGAGCGUGAACGAUAGUUCGUGUUAAAAGAAAAUAUAUAUAUAUAUAUAUAUAUAUAUAAAUAUAUAUAGUUUAAAAUAAAUCCUGCAAAAUUAUUAUCCCCAUAAAUUUUUGGUUAUCUCUUAGAGAGAGUGCAGCACGAAGAUCACAUAAAAAUUUCCAUUCAUAUUUACGUUGGCGUAUGUUAGCGCGUAGCCACGGGACUUGAGAAAUUCGUGUAUCCAAAUAGUGAUUAGAUUGGAGAAAGUCGAUCAAAAUUACUCAUGGGCGGGAGGGGAUUGAUGUAAUUUUCAAAUAGAAGUAUUCUUAACUUCCUACACGAAUGCGAUUAGAAAACUUAUACUGUUUCAUUACCGUAUUACUUAUCAGCAGUACUUCAAUGGGUUGAGUUAUGGUAUGUCUAAUUCCUGAACCCGGGACUAUAAAAGUUCUACAUAAUUAACUUUCAGUUUUGUGUUCCAAUUACUGUGUUCACCGUCUUCCACUUUGAGAAAUGAAUAUACAGACUGCCCCAUUUUUGGGUCCUACUCAACCACCUUUUCGUUUUAACGGUCCCCAUACUUUAACCAUGUCGCAUGCAACAGCCAUGCAUCAGCAACCAUCCUGGUUUGCUGCUGGUGCCAACAAUGGUGGUACAACUGUAGGUGGAAGCGUUUCUUUGGGUGGCGGUAGCGCAGGCGGCGGCGGUGGUGGUAGCAAUGCUGGCGGGGGCGGCGGUGGUGGUGGCGGCAGCGGUGCUGUUACCGGUGGUGUUGGAUUUAUACCCAACACAAAUGCAAUUACAACUACACCGAUUAAAGGCAAGCGUUCUCCCUUUCUGAAUCCCACAUCGAAUGCUGCCCUAAUCUUUAAUAGCACCAAUCACAACAACCAUAACGUUAAACAGCAGCAGCCAGCAUAUAGUCAAAGUCAUAGUCAAAUUGUUAAUAAUCCUGCAACAACAGCUAGUCUUGGACAAAACUUUAGCAAUAUUCCAUCAGUGUCUGCUUCCAACGCUCAUUUAAUAACAUCAGCAACAAUACAACCACAUAACACCAUGGGUCCUACAAAUUUAAAUGGUACUCAACAAUCGGUAUUACCACAACAACAGCAACAACAGCAGCAACAGCAAUUGCAACAAUUACCACAACAGCAACAGCAUACGCAACAACAACAACAAUCUCAGACACCACAAUUGCAUCUGCAACAGCAGCAUCAUCAACACCAACAUCAUUCAUCAGAUCAACAUCAUCAUCCACCACAACAAGGCACAGAACAAUUAUCAAAAACUAAUGUUUACAUAAGAGGUCUACCGGAGGGUACGACCGAUAAGGAUUUAGUUAUACUAUGCUCAGAAUACGGUAACAUUAUAUCAGCCAAAGCUAUAUUUGAUAAAACCACAAAAAAAUGUAAAGGUUAUGGUUUCGUAGAUUUUGAGACACCAGCAUAUGCUGACAAUGCUGUUAAAGCCUUGCAGGCUAAAGGCAUUAAAGCACAAAUGGCAAAAGUGGGUGUUUGGGUGCUACUUAGGCCGGCCAUUCAACAAGAACAGGAUCCAACCAAUUUGUAUAUUACAAAUUUGCCGCCAUACUUUAAAGAGACUGAUUUAGAGAAAAUGUUAUCAAAAUAUGGACAUGUGGUGUCUACAAAAAUAUUAUUUGAUGCUCAAAUGAAUUCAAGAGGAGUGGGUUUUGCGCGUAUGGAAAGCCGCGAGAAAUGUGAACAGAUUAUACAGAUUUUACAUGGUACUACAAUACCGGGAGCGAAUGAACCGCUGGCGGUGAAAUUUGCCGAUAGCUGUUCGUCAGCAAAAAAGAAUUUACUGAAAUCACGUGAUCCGAAUGCUCGGUCCCGUUUGGAUAUCUCGACGGCUACAGGUAUGGAAAGUAUAGCGGUUACCCCUGAUCCAGGGUCACAACAAAAUGGUACAACAACUACUACAGCAUAUACACGAUUUGGUACACCCCAAAUAGGUAGCUAUCCACUGGCCAGUUCACCUUGGAUACCCGGCUAUAUGAUGACAACCACUCAACCGACUACUACGGGCUUUGAAAAUCAGUAUUUACAAUUGGCAUCGUCGCCUCAACAUUUGAGUAUGUCACCAUAUAAGCCAGCUGAUAUGGUUAAUCCAUUGCAGGCACAAAAUUUUUAUUUAAAUGGCUCGGAACCGGUUAUGCCAUAUGGUGCCAUGUUUCCGCCAAUGGGUCCUUUACAGUAUAUAAGUCCCACAUAUCCUUAUUACGCUCCAGCUCCACCUAUUAUACCCACUAUACCUUUAACAGAUUCUACAGAUCAAAGUUUAAGCACUGCAGCCUCACCCAACGGCAACGCCUAUACGCAGUUCUUGCAUCCUUUGGCUCCUAAGUAAAACAGUUUCUAGAAUAAGUAUGCAACCCUUCUCUCUCAAAAGCUUAAAAAAUGAAUUUCGGUUUCUUCAAUUAUUGCUUAAUUGCGAAACAAGAAAGAAGAAUAAUGAGAAGCUGAGAACUGAAGAGAAGAGAAAUCUUUGCGCUUUUGAAGAGCCAACCAACGAUGUCUAUGUAACAUCCGUGCAAUAGAAACGUUGGAAUGGAAGACUUUGAUUGUUUUUGGCUUUUUUUUUAAAAAAAUUUUUUUUUUUAACAAAAAAAAAAAAAAAAAAAAAAAAAAAAAAAACAGAAUAAUUUUUUUGGUUUUUUUUUUUCCACUGCAAGCCAAAUAAUCUAUGGCAACGCUUUUAAAUUGUCAGUGUAUAUGUGUGUGUGUGUAGCUUGAUGAUAAUAGCAUGAUAACCCAACCAACAUUUUCGAUACGAUUGAGAUCACAGACUAUCUCAAGAUUAAUAAAUGGAAACCACAACAAAAAUAACAACAACAGAAACAAAAAGGCUAAGUAACAGAAACCUCUUUGUAUUUGCUGAUCGUUUAAGUGAUGGCAUCGUAGUUUAAAGACAAAGAAAGUGUUUUUUAUAAAAUUUUAAGCUACACUUAAGAUUUAAGAAAUUUGAAAAACAAAAAAGAAAAAUUUAAGAAAAC